ACUGUUUUUUGAAGAGAAAUUGCAGCUUUGAAUCAGUCAAUAUGUGAAAACUCUCUAUAUUGCAGACCUUUAUGCUCAUCUCUUGUGGUCAACAGUGCUUACAGGUCCCACAAGUCCUGAGUUUUUGCUUUUUCUGGUUUUCUUUCUCACUUCACUUCUUAAUGUUGAAAAAUCUGAUAGAUUCAUUUUCUCUCAUCGCAGAGUAUAGAUGUCUAUCUUUCAUUGGUUCUAAGGUCAACUUGAAUGGUUGUUUGGGUUAAAAGCUAAUAAGACUUCUCCGUGGAAAACUGGCUAUGACAAUUUAUAUUAUUAUCAUAUAAGUAUAAGUUGAUUGUGGAUGAAGUAAUGCAGAAUUUUGGAACAUAACGGCGGUGUGGUCAGCAUUGUUUUUAGGUGCUUGAUUAUAGUCCUCACAAGCACCUGACUUUGUUAUCGUGACUUAAUUACCUUCUUGUUUACUAUAGAAUAGUUUGUUUCUUUAAAGAAGAUAGUUCUUGGAGACACAUGGGGAAGAAGAGGAGGAAAACGUUCUUUGCUUGUUUACUAUUGUUUACCAUCCUGUUAAGUUUUAGCUAUGCAGGGAUAACACCAAAAAGUCCUUUGUCAGUAGGACAAACUCUCAGCUCCUCUAAUGGUGUUUAUGAACUAGGGUUCUUCAGUCCUAAUAACUCUCAGAAUCAGUAUGUCGGGAUCUGGUUUAAGGGUGUCAUUCCCCAGGUCGUUGUGUGGGUCGCAAACAGAGAAAAACCUAUUACAGACACCACGUCAAAGCUCGCUAUCAGCAGCAAUGGAAUUCUUCUGUUAUUUAAUGGAAGACAUGGCGUUGUGUGGUCCACUGGAGAAAGUUUUGCAUCUAAUGGGUCUCGUGCAGAGCUUACAGACAACGGAAAUUUAGUUGUCAUAGACAAUGUUUCUGGAAGAACUUUAUGGCAAAGCUUUGAGCAUCUCGGUGAUACUAUGCUCCCUUUCUCAGCCCUGAUGUAUAAUCUCGCCACCGGUGAGAAGCGGGUGUUGACUUCUUGGAAAGGUUCCACCGAUCCAUCGCCUGGCAAAUUUGUGGGUCAGAUUACAAGACAAGUCCCAUCACAGGUGCUUAUUAUGAGAGGAUCAACGCCGUAUUAUAGAACUGGUCCAUGGGCUAAAACACGGUUCACGGGGAUACCACUAAUGGAUGACACAUAUGCAAGUCCAUUCAGCCUUCAGCAAGAUGCAAACGGGUCAGGAUUGUUUACUUAUUUUGAUAGAAGUUUCAAACGUUCACGUAUAAUUUUAACAUCAGAAGGGUCAAUGAAGAGGUUUCGGCAUAAUGGAACGGACUGGGAAUUAAACUACGAGGCUCCAGCCAAUUCAUGCGAUAUUUACGGUGUAUGUGGACCAUUUGGGUUGUGUGUAGUGUCAGUACCUUUAAAGUGUAAAUGCUUCAAAGGGUUUGUACCGAAAUCCAUUGAGGAGUGGAAAAGGGGAAACUGGACUGGUGGUUGUGUGAGGCGUACGGAACUACAUUGUCAAGGAAACUCUACUGGCAAAGAUGUAAAUAUCUUCCAUCAUGUUGCCAACAUAAAGCUUCCAGACUUAUACGAAUAUGAAAGUUCUGUAGAUGCUGAAGAAUGCCGCCAAAAUUGCCUCCACAAUUGUUCUUGCUUGGCCUAUGCUUAUAUCCAUGGAAUAGGGUGCUUAAUGUGGAACCAGGACCUAAUGGACGCAGUGCAAUUUUCUGCUGGAGGAGAAAUUCUGUCCAUUCGUCUCGCACACUCUGAACUAGGUGGAAAUAAGCGCAACAAAAUCAUUGUUGCUAGUAUUGUGAGCCUUUCUCUUUUUGUGAUACUGGUUUCUGCUGCGUUUGGUUUCUGGAGAUACAGAGUGAAACAUAAUGCUUCUAUGUCAAAGGAUGCAUGGAGGAAUGAUCUGAAAUCAAAGGAGGUCCCAGGUUUAGAAUUUUUUGAGAUGAAUACCAUACUAACUGCCACCAAUAAUUUCAGUCUAUCAAACAAACUCGGACAAGGUGGAUUUGGUUCAGUUUACAAGGGAAAACUGCAAGAUGGAAAAGAAGUAGCAGUAAAACGGCUUUCUAGCAGCUCUGGACAGGGCAAGGAGGAGUUCAUGAAUGAGAUAGUACUCAUCUCAAAACUCCAACACAGAAACUUAGUCCGGGUUUUGGGAUGUUGCAUCGAAGGAGAAGAGAAGCUAUUGGUUUAUGAGUUUAUGUUGAACAAAAGCCUUGAUACUUUUGUCUUUGAUGCAAGAAAAAAGCUCGAGCUUGAUUGGCCAAAGAGAUUUGAUAUCAUUCAAGGUAUUGCGCGUGGACUUCUAUAUCUUCACCGUGACUCACGCCUCAAGGUAAUUCACCGAGACCUGAAGGUCAGCAACAUUCUUCUGGAUGAGAAAAUGAACCCGAAAAUAUCAGAUUUUGGAUUGGCUCGGAUGUAUCAGGGAACCCAAUAUCAGGACAAAACUCGCAGGGUUGUAGGAACUCUAGGAUAUAUGUCUCCUGAGUAUGCUUGGACUGGAGUAUUCUCUGAGAAAUCAGACAUCUAUAGCUUCGGAGUUCUACUACUAGAAAUCAUCAGCGGGGAGAAGAUCUCGAGGUUCAGCUGUGGCGAAGAAGGAAUAACACUUCUUGCAUAUGUAUGGGAAUCUUGGUGUGAAACCAAAGGAAUUGAUCUUUUGGACCAAGAUCUUGCUGAUUCUUGUCACACAUCUGAAGUUGGAAGGUGCGUCCAGAUUGGUCUGCUCUGUGUACAACACCAACCCGCAGACAGACCAAACACACUUGAGUUGUUGUCUAUGCUCACCACAACAUCAGAUCUUCCAUUACCAAAACAACCCACAUUUGCAGUGCACUCUACAGAUGAUAAAUCUCUGUCUAAGGAUUUGAUUUCCGUCAAUGAAAUUACACAAUCUAUGAUCCUUGGGCACCUAAAAGUGUUAGAAAAACAUUACAAAUUGUCUUUCGAAAUCAGCAACUUAAUGGUCUCAAUACACAUGGGGAAGAAGAGGAUCAUGUUCUUUGCUUCGUUGCUCUUCUUUACCAUCUUUUUAAGUUUUAGCUAUGCAGGGAUAACGGCUGAAACUCCUUUAUCAAUAGGCCAAACUCUCAGCUCAUCUAAUGGAGUUUAUGAAUUGGGGUUCUUCAGUCCUAAUAACUCCCAAAAUCAGUAUGUUGGAAUCUGGUUCAAGGGUAUCAUUCCUCGGGUGGUUGUGUGGGUGGCAAAUAGAGAAAAGCCUGUUACAAGUUCCACGGCAAAUCUGACUAUCAGCAGCAGUGGGAGUCUUCUGUUAUUUAAUGAAAAACAUACCGUUGUAUGGUCCAUUGGAGAAACUUUUGCAUCUAACGGGUCUCGCGCAGAGCUUACAGACAACGGAAAUUUAGUUGUCAUAGACAAUGCUUUGGGAAGAACUCUAUGGGAAAGCUUUGAGCAUUUUGGUGAUACUAUGCUACCUUUCUCAACCAUGAUGUAUAAUCUUGCCACCGGUGAGAAGCGGGUGUUGACUUCUUGGAAAAGUCACACUGAUCCAUCGCCUGGUGACUUUACGUUUCAGAUUACACCGCAAGUGCCAUCUCAGGCGUGUACUAUGAGAGGCUCGACGACUUAUUGGAGAAGCGGUCCAUGGGCUAAAACAAGGUUCACAGGGAUACCGGUAAUGGAUGACACAUAUACAAGUCCAUUCAGCCUUCAGCAAGAUGCAAACGGGUCAGGAUCCUUCACUUAUUUUGAAAGAAACUUCAAACUUUCUCAUAUAAUGAUAACAUCAGAGGGUUCACUGAAGAUUUUUCAGCAUAAUGGAAGGGACUGGGAAUUAAACUUUGAGGCUCCAGAAAAUUCAUGCGAUAUUUACGGCUUAUGUGGACCUUUUGGAGUUUGUGUUAAUAAGUCAGUACCUUCAAAGUGUAAAUGCUUCAAAGGGUUUGUACCAAAAUCCAUUGAGGAGUGGAAAAGAGGAAAUUGGACUGAUGGUUGUGUGAGGCGUACUGAACUACAUUGUCAAGGAAACUCUACUGGCAAAAAUGUAAACGAUUUCUAUCAUAUCGCCAACAUAAAGCCUCCAGACUUUUACGAAUUUGCAAGUUUUGUGGAUGCUGAAGGAUGCUACCAAAUUUGCCUCCACAAUUGUUCUUGCUUGGCCUUUUCUUAUAUCAAUGGAAUAGGGUGCUUAAUGUGGAAUCAAGACCUAAUGGACGCAGUGCAAUUUUCUGCAGGAGGAGAAAUUCUCUACAUUCGCCUUGCAAGUUCUGAACUAGCUGGAAAUAAGCGCAACAAAAUCAUUGUUGCUAGUAUUGUGAGCCUCUCUCUUUUUGUGAUACUGGCUUUUGCUGCGUUUUGUUUCUGGAGAUACAGAGUGAAACAUAACGAAAGUCUAGUUUCAGCUAAGACAUCAAAGAUUGCUUCAAAAGAGGCAUGGAAAAAUGAUCUGGAGCCACAAGAUGUCUCAGGUUUAAAGUUCUUUGAGAUGAAUACCAUUCAAACUGCCACAAAUCAUUUCAGUUUCUCAAAUAAACUAGGACAAGGUGGAUUCGGCUCAGUUUACAAGGGAAAUUUGCAAGAUGGGAAAGAAAUUGCUGUAAAGCGGCUUUCUAGCAGCUCGGGCCAGGGCAAAGAGGAGUUCAUGAAUGAAAUAGUACUCAUCUCAAAACUACAACAUAAAAACUUAGUUCGGAUUUUGGGAUGUUGUAUUGAAGGAGAAGAGAGGCUGUUGAUAUAUGAGUUCAUGUUGAACAAAAGCCUUGAUACUUUUCUCUUCGAUUCAAGAAAAAGGCUUGAGAUUGACUGGCCAAAGAGAUUUGAUAUAAUUCAAGGUAUUGCGCGUGGACUUCACUAUCUCCACCGCGACUCAUGCCUCAGGGUCAUUCACCGUGAUCUUAAGGUUAGCAAUAUUCUUCUGGAUGAGAAGAUGAACCCAAAAAUAUCAGAUUUUGGACUGGCUCGGAUGUAUCAGGGAACCGAAUAUCAGGACAACACUCGUAGGAUUGCAGGAACUCUAGGAUAUAUGGCUCCCGAGUAUGCAUGGACUGGGAUGUUCUCUGAGAAGUCCGACAUCUACAGCUUUGGAGUUCUGCUAUUAGAAAUUAUCAGCGGAGAGAAGAUCUCAAGAUUCAGCUAUGGCGAAGAAGGAAAAAACCUUAUUGCAUAUGCGUGGGAAUCUUGGUGUGAAACUGGAGGAGUUGAUCUUUUGGAUAAAGAUGUGGCUGAUUCAUGUCACCCAUUAGAAGUUGAGAGAUGUGUUCAGAUUGGUUUGCUCUGUGUUCAACACCAACCUGCUGAUAGACCCAACACAAUUGAGUUGUUGUCUAUGCUCACCACAACAUCAGAUCUUCCAUCACCAAAACAACCCACAUUUGUAGUGCACACGAGAGAUGACGGAUCAUCGUCUAAGGAUUUGAUCACUGUGAAUGAGAUGACAAAGUCUGUGAUCUUAGGGCGUUGAGAAACGAUGUUUGUUUGGAACUUUAGAAUUGAUGUGUGUUUAAUUGUUGUCGAAAGGAUCAACUUUUGAAUGUUGAUAACUUCACCUUUAAUUCUUUUUGUAAAAUAGUUUUUGGUGCA